AUGAUGAUGUUCUUGUGGCUAUCUUCUUUUCUUGAAAUAUAUAAAGAAGUGUUAGAAAAUGAAAUAUUUUCCUUUUUGCAUGUGGUUUUUGUGUAUAUAUAAGGCCUCUUAUGUUGACAUGUUGUAGUUUGGCCUUAGCAUUAUUAUUUCCUUGGCUUGGUGUCAUCAUGGCUCAAUUACCUCCCAAAGUGCCUACCAUCACCCCCAAUUGGGCUGACUUCCCCCACCAAAAAAUGGAGGGUUUGUCCAUCAGCAACCACCACAACCACCCGAUGUGGGUCGACGAGUUCCUCGACUUCUCGUCGACCCGCCGCGGGUCCCACAGGAGAUCGAUGAGCGACUCCAUCGCCUUCCUCGAGGCCCCCAUGGCGGAGGAGUGCCGCAGGUCGUCCAACUCCUCCGCCAUCGACGAAUCCGCCGCCGCCGCCGCAGUCGAUUACCACCACCGCGGCGGCGGCGGCGGCGGUGAGGGUUUCGAGGGGUUCGACGACGACCAGCUCAUGUCCAUGUUCAACGACGACGUGGCGGGCGCCUCGAACCCCUCGUCCCCGUCCGACCACAACAGCAACAACGACGGCCCCUCGCCGCAGGUGCACCCGAAGAGCGAGCCGGAGGAGGACGACGGCUCAUGCAAGUCCGACGGGCUCAACGGCCUUUACGCGACGGCGACGGAUAAUUCCGGCGAAAGGAUCGCCGAUCCGAAGCGGAUCAAGAGAAUUUUGGCCAACCGGCAAUCUGCGCAGAGGUCACGAGUGAGAAAAUUACAGUACAUAUCUGAGCUAGAGCGCAGCGUUACUUCGCUUCAAGCUGAAGUCUCAGUGUUAUCCCCACGGGUAGCAUAUCUGGACCACCAACGCCUCGUAUUAAAUGUUGAUAACAGUGUUCUCAAGCAAAGAAUCGCAGCUUUGGCUCAAGAUAAAGUCUUCAAAGAUGCUCAUCAAGAAGCAUUGAAGAGGGAAAUUGAGAGGCUGAGGCAAAUAUAUUAUCAACAAAACAUGAAGAAAAUGGAGAAUGGCACAGUGCCUAAUUCACCAUCAAGAGUUGCUGACACUAAUGAGCAAGAGCAACUAACAGUCAACUGACACAUAUAUGUCACACAUUAAUUUCUAAGGAAAAGCACAACCAAAAAAAGGGCAGGCUUUGUGAAAUAGAGUAAUCAAGUUCACAAAUAAGAAGCUCUUAUUUUUGUGGGCUUAGGAAAAAUCUCUUUUCUUGGCUUAAUAAUUAGUAGGGAGGAGUGUGGUUAUUUAAUUUCAUUUGAUUUGAUUUAUUUUAUUAUCAGCCAAUCAUCAAAUUUUAUUCUUUAGAAGCAUGUCAGUUUGUUGUAGAAGAUUAAUUGGUGGUGGGUUUGUGUUGGGAUGUAUGUAUAAUGUAUGUAUUAUUAUAUUAUUAAUAUUAAUAUUAUUAAUGUACUACCAAA